ACGCUCUUAUCAAAUAAACUUGACAGCUGAUUCGUUCAUUCCACUACAACUUCAUCAAAACGUACUAAAAUUAUCUUCCCGCCGUCGUAUCAAUUUUGCUUCGUGAAGAACUGGUUGUGCUGCUGCCGGCUUCCGAUUCCGCACCAAAAUAUGAGAUUACUUAAUCGACUGCUCCUGCUCGUCCCGGUAGCCAUCACUACCCUGCUCUUUGCCGCAGAUUGUGAUGGCUGUGCUGCUGCUGCCUCUUCCUCCGCCCCAUCCAACAAGGCCCGCUACGACUUCUUCCGCAUCUACCGGGUGCUGCUGGAAACCGAAGAGCAGGUUCAGCUGAUGCAACAGCUGGAGAACCGCAGCGAUAGUUACACCUUCAUGGGCCACGCACGGCACACCAACCAGAAUCUGACGAUUAUGGUCGCGCCGCAGAAGAUCGCCGAGAUGACCGACCUGAUGGAGCGGUUCGAUAUUCAGGGUUCGGUUUUGUUGUACAACAUCCAGGAACUGAUCGACAAGGAAGACUUCACCAUCAAACCGAGGGGAACAGACCCGAAACAGCUCGACUGGCAACACUACUUCCACCUGGAAACCAUCCAUAAAUGGCUCGACUUGCAAGUGUCCAACUUUCCAUCCAUCCUCCAAUCGGUUCCGCUUCAGGCAAGCUACGAGCGCAACCUAAUCAAGGGAGUGAAAUUGUCCAAAAAAUCCGGCAACACUGCCGUUUUCGUGGAGUGCGGAAUACACGCCCGCGAAUGGAUCUCCCCCGCCGUGUGCACCUACAUUCUGAAUCAACUGCUCACGUCCACCGUGCCGGACGUGCAGGACCUGGCGGAGAACUUCGAUUGGUUCUUUUUCCCGGUUGUGAACCCCGACGGUUAUAAGUACACCUUUGAAGCGGAUCGCCUCUGGCGCAAAAAUCGCAAACCGUACGGACUGUGCCGCGGGGUGGAUCUCAAUCGGAAUUUCGAAAGCGACUGGAACGGCAUCGGAGCCAGUUCGGAUCCGUGUGCGUACGACUUUGCCGGAGCUUCCGCUGCCAGUGAGGCGGAAACGCAAGUUUUGCAGAAGUUUCUCAAGGAGAAUGCGGAAUCCAGCAGGAUUAAGACGUACUUUUCGAUGCACUCGUUUUCGCAGCUGAUCAUGUUCCCGUACGGCUAUACGACCGAUAAGGCGCAAAACUAUGACGAUCUACAGACGAUCGGUGAACGGGGCUCGGAGGCGAUUCGUCGCACACACGGAAAGGAGUACGUGUCGGGGGCGAUGAUCGAGACCAUCUAUCCAUCGUCCGGGGACUCGGUGGAUUGGGCUUUCAGCGAGUGCAACGUUCCGGUGGCGUUUACGUUCGAGUUGAGAGGACCUCCGGAUAGUACGAAUAUGUUUAUUCUGCCGGCGGAGGAGAUCCUACCAACUGGGGAGGAAACGUUGGCCGCUUAUGUGGCCAUGCUCAAGACUGCUCGCCAAUUGGGGUACUAUGGAGCUGCAGAAGGGCAAAAAGGUGAAUUGUAGAUGGAAACCGAUUACCCAUUGGUAUAUUUUACCUUCUAGUUCCUAUGAAAUGAACUGCUAGUUAUGUUAAUUGAGUAAUAAAUAAAUUACCAUCAAAUUCAAUUGAUUUGUCAAUGUCAAUAGU